GCUCCGACUUCGGCCUCGUGACUCGCCCUGGCUCAGAGCAACCAUGACCUCAUUCCCGAGCUCAUCGCGCCUCUAGACUCAUCUUACACGCGGCGAGGAGGGAGGCGGGGGCGGAGAGAGAGAGAGAGAGAGAGCGUCAGCGCCGAAGGUGCGACAGGUGAAGGAGGAGAGACAGGGGGGGACUGCCCCUAAGAUAGACGGACUGACAGACAGACAGCGUUCAUGUCGUCUGCUACUCCAUGCUAAGACAGCUGUGAGGGCGAUGACUCACACUCCUCUCCUGAGUUAAAAACCUUCACCUCUAACCUCUGACCUCCUCCCCCUCACUCGCCAUGGCUGGGCUGGGAGCUAAGGACAUCCUGAGGAACGUGACAGCUCUGGAACAGCUGAUCGAGGAAAUUAACUUCCAGCGAGCCAAGGAGAUGAGGCAGUGUCUCAUGUCCAAGGAUGAUACAGGGUUCGUGAUGGUGCAAGGGACCACAUAUUGGACAGACCUAUUUGUUCGGCACUUUCUCUUCCAAACGGAUCGGUCCACAGAUGCUGAUGACUUGUUAUUUUUUAUCCGAAAGAAACAGCUUAAAGGCUCUCGGUAUAUUCCAAAGUACCAGACUGAGGUGGAAGUGUAUAGGCGUGACAGCAGGAAACUCCCCAUUGGUGAUCCCGACAUAGAUUGGGAAGAAACUGUAUACUUGAAUCUCAUAAUACACCAAUUCGACUACACCCUUACGCUAGCUGUAUGUACUCGUACAAGCCCAAAGGACCUGCAGGUGCUCCGACGACACUCUCAGAAAGUGUAUGCAAGUCCCAGUAGGCGCCGCAUGGACACCAAGGGAGAAGUUGAGGAAAUAACAUACCCUAGUGUAUGCUUCCACGUUGAUAACUUUGAUGAAGUAUUUGCUGACAUGUUAGUACGUGAUGGAGAGAUGGUUUGCGUUGAACUGGUUGCCUCAGAUCAUGCAGGAACACGUCAGGCUGUCAUAUUUUUAGGGUCAAUCAGAUACGAUGCUCUGAAACGAGUGUAUGAUGCCCGGGCAAGUUUGAGUAGCAAGGUGGCUCAGAGGAUGAUGAUGGGUCUCUUUGCUGGGAACAGCAACCAACGUAUAGAAUUUGUGCGCAUGAAGGGACCACAAGGGAAGGGCCAUGCAGAAAUGGCUGUGACCAAGCCAAAAGGAUCAGGCGUAGAGACUCCAACCUCUGAGCCCGGUGUGAGUUUAACAGACAUGUGGGAUUCCGACUGGGAUGACGAGCCAGAGGAUAGGUUCAUCUAUCGGCACCAGCGCCGACUGAGUGACCCAAGUGCCAACUUCAACACUUUCAUCAACUCUGGUUGGAAGUCUCGUUCUGAGGGAGCCAGGUCGCGCUCUGAGAACGAGGGGCUUGAUAUUUUUGCUGAUGGCCUUUACGAAAUUGAGUCAGGAGAUGUGCGAGAUGCUGUGUGUAGUGGUAGAUGUUGUUCAGUGGUAGCAUGCAACACAAUACGAGAAGAGGAGGAAUUGCCGCAGGAAGUGCAGUGUGCCAAAUGCCGCCACUUUCACGGGGACCAGACAGUGAAAUCUGGCCCCACAGUAGAAGCUAGUGAAGAGGCAGCUCAGACCUCAGACACACCAGGUCCCAAGCCUGAGUGUGAUUCCCCAACCCUCGAGCCGUCCUUGGGUCGUCCUCCCACCCCUCCAUCACCUCAUGAGGGCAGUCCACUCCUCCCGUCCUGCUCUCGGUCAGAGUCACCUAACUUAGUACACACUGAGUCCAGUAUCCAGGCCAUGUCUCCUGUAGAGUGUACAUCAGAUCCUCUCUUAAACCCUGUUGCUGACUCACCUGAUGAUCACAGUAAACAAACACACACAGAAAUGUCUUCUAAGUCUACAAAUGUACCUGAUACCAAUGAGAAUACUGCCCUUUCUUCAUCACACAAAGAUUUUGUGAUGAUCGAGUCAGUGUCCAGAACUGAUGUUAAUUCAGAGGAAAGUAGUGAGACUUCUUUUAUAAGCAAAGGCAUUCAGGAACAAAUUUCUAAAGCCAACCAGUCCUCUUCCAUACAUUCCUCACCUCAAGUUAUUCCCAAAGUUUCACCAAUGCAUUCUGCAAAGCUUGGGGGCAAAAAGCCAGGUGGUGCUCAGAGAAUUUUGGUUGCAUCAGCUGAUGCCUCACUGGAGACAUCAGCUGGUGAACCAGAUUCCUUAGGAAGCUUGUGUGAUACUGAGAUUGAGAGUGACCUAGUAGUCAAUGCCAAACCUAUUCCUUCCACUUCCAUUAUGACCGACGAUCCAGAUGAAAUAGAAGAGGAGGAACCCCUUUUAAAAAAGCCACCUCCAGUAGGAAAAAGCCUCUCUGUCGAUUCUGCUGACAUGAUAUCUGCCGUUCCAAAAGUUGAAAUUGUGGACGCAGCAACAGAAUCUCUAACUGCCCUAAACCUGAGUCCUGUCAAGAGAAAGAAAAGAAGAGUCUCUGUGCCAUAUAGAAUAACACCUGAUGGCACGAAAGUUAACUUUCUCUGCGAUGUCAAACUGGAUGAUGGAGCCUAUAACCCACUAUGGACAACCAAGGGCUUCACACAAACUUUCCAUUUCUGGAAGGAAUCCCGCAGAGCCCAGUCAGUUCCUCUCAAUGCGUAUCUUACUUACGUAACAUUACCCUGGUUCACUAUCAUUACAGAUAUUCUUGACCAUCGAACUGGCCCUAUCCUUACUUUCUAGCACGUAUAGAGGUCCAUCUUCAUCUGAGUCAUAUAUAGUUUAUAUGAGAAAUAUCUGACGUGAAAUAAAAACCUGUGCGUAUCAUUUGAUUUUCUUCAGCUGUACUAGUUAAUGGAAGUAAAGUUCAUUUACUUUGUAAUUUAGAUUUUCUUUUUUUCUUGACAAAAGGAAUAUCAGGCUCAGGUUAUUCAUCUCAGAAACAAUCUUUUACAUAUAUUGUAAGAUUGCCUUGCCAUAAGCCUCCAUAUUGUCAGCUAAGAAUGGUCACAAUUUGGGCUCUUGAUAAGUUAAAUGCUUUUGCCAUAAGGAGAGGAGAAAAAGAAGCAGAUAUUGUCACCAGUAUUUCUCAUAAAAACCUCAGUUGGAAAUUAAAAAGCAAAUGAACUCAAACAAAAUGGAAAAGUGUUUUUGUAUGAUUCCAUGUUAUUAGUUUUAUAUGAUGUUUUUUGGAAGGGUUAUUAACUCGAAAUCUCCAGUAUUUUACAUGUAAAUUUUAAGAUUUAUGUUAUUUUGGCAGCUCUGUGCUAUAUUUAAAACUGUGAUUAAUUUUUUAUGCUUGUGUGGAAAAAUGUGAUCUUUAAGAGGCUGACGAAAGCAAUAUAUGUUCUUUAUUUUGUACAGAGAAAGUUUAAUUUUUUGUAAGAGAAGUAAAGGUGUGGAGAGGUAUGUAGUACCAAAAUAUUGCAUCACAUGUAAAAGGAAAACUUAUUAGAAGAUUUGAAAUAAACAGAAGUGCAUAGAUGUAGCAGCAGAAUAAGUGUGUUGAACAGAAAUAGCUAAACUCUGUGUAUUGAAAAAUGGUCUUGAAAUGUAACAAUGUUUGAUGCCAUCUGUAGAUUUUUAAUCCAAUAGAAGACAAAAGCAGGGAAUGAAACAAAGUGAUAUUUAAGUUAAGGGAAAACUCCUUGCUUAUCUGCAUUUUGUGAUGCAUUUGAGAAUGGCUGCCAGUAAACCCCUGCAUGCACCUCUAACAUUUAGGAACCAUUUCGGGCAUUACCAUGAUGCUAAUCUAUUUCCCAUAAAACCAAAGUCGAUUCAGAAUCUGAUUCUGUGCUCAUGUUCUAGUCAGUGGUAAGCUUUCCUUUGCCUUGUCUAUUUCAAGUUCUUUACCUUAUGAUAGAUUGUAGACAUUCACGUAGUCUGUGAUUUUUUUUUUUAAGGUUAAGUUAGGUUAGGUUUUUAUUCUUUCAGAUCUCAGAAGUUUUUAUUUUUUUAGGUUUCCCCUUUCACAUUUUCUUUUUUUACUGUUUUAAUUUAUAUAAUGUAAAGUUAGGAAGGCUAGAUGUUUUCAGAGACAAGAUUGGUAUUAGUGUAGAGGACCUCCCUUCUGCUAUAGAAGUCUUUUUUUUUUAUGUGAAUAUUAUUUUUUGGGAUUGAGAUUCGUAAGUUAUCUUGUUUGUAGUUUUGUUAUCGGGAAACCAACAGUUAACGUCCGAAUGUCAUCUAUUUUGUGAUCAUCCCAAACUUGAAUAAUAUAUAUACAGUAUGUAAAAGAUGUGCCAUAAUCUUAGGUGUCGUUUUGUCUAAUGCAACAGAAUAGGAAAAAAUGCAGGUUUCUCCUUAUCUUUUUUUAUUAUUAUUAUUUUUCAUAUAAAUUUUUUUUUUCUUUUUCUUCUUCUUCCUCUUCUUCUUAUUUAAGGUGCUGGUUAUUUUGAACCAGACACACUAGCUAAAUGUGUACAAUGUAUCUGCCAAUGAGGGACCUCCUUUUUUCUAGAACUUUACAUGUGUGGCUGGAUAUCCAUCUAACUUUUUUCCUCAGAUGAACCUCUCUCUCACACUUUGUAUUUCAUUUUAUAUAUUUCUCGAGGAAAUAACAAAACAAAAAAAAAUGUAAAGCGAAAAUAAUAUUUUAAAAUCUCACUGGCUUCCUUUUGAAGUCAUGAGAGGUGUCUUUCCUCCAUCACAGUAAGAUGUUGAAUUUUCUGUGCUGUGGGUGGAAUAGUUUUCAGAUAGGUGUUGAAAGUAUUGUUCUUCAAAGAUCUUGGUAUGAAAAUUAAAUAAAAUUAAAAAAACUCUACUAAAGCAGAUACUCAGUAAUAAGUGCAUUAUGGAAGAAUAUUUUUUAUAGGUACGUUAAGAUAUGACCCGCCUUUUAAAAGGUUUCAUGACUUGUGUUUCUAUAUCUGCCACUAGGUCUCAUUAUUAUAGACAGUAAAUUCUAUAGGAAAAAAGAGAUAAUGAUAUGAAAGACAUUAGGACAUGGCCUUACUCAUAAUCAGUUCUUUAUUGGGCUCACUUCCAUACACCUAGCAUGAUCAGAUUUUUCUUUCCAAAAGAAAUGUCACAGAUACUGCAGAGAUUUAGUACUUUCCCCCCUUUAUUUUGUGUUUUGCACUGUUUUUAGCAUUACUAGUGUUUUUUUUUUUUUUUUUUUUUUUUUUUUUUUUUUUUUUUUUUUUUUUUUUUUUUUACUAUUAUUAUUCCUAUUUCUUUGUUUCUUGAAGACGAUAAUGUGUAAGAAAAGUCUGAUCAUGUUGAAAGUGUUAGCUUCCUUAUUAUUCCACUUAUCACAAAGAGUGUAUACUACUGAUAAAGCUGUGAAUUAAAUAGAGUUAUUUAAGAUAUUAAAUGUUAAAGGUGUUUGAGAUAUAGAAAAAAAACAAAACUUCAAAUGGAAUAUUUAUUUGUAUUCUGACAAAAGCUACAGAUAGGUGUAGACAACCAUAUUUUCUUGUUUUAUUAUAUUUCUAUUCCAUGUCAGGGAGUGGUAAUGAGAAUUUAGGCAAUUUUGCUGCAGUAUCUUCAGCACCUGAUGACCUUCGAAGUACCUUGACCCAACACCUAUGUAGCACAAUGUCUUUUUAUACAAUUUUUAUGCCCUGGGACACUGGUCAGUGCUGAAGGUAAACCUGUCUGCUGUUAUAUAAUGUGGGGAAUAAAGAACUUCAGAUAUAAUUUUUAAGAAUUUAGCGAGAGUUCAAACAAAUGUCAUGUCUUGAACAGUUGACAUAUUAAGCAUGAUUGUGCUGAACAAACAAGAUACAAGAUACAAAAAGCUCAAGCUGUGAGUAAGAGUCUGAGCUCAAGAUGUAAAUACCUCAACCAAAAAAAUAAAAUAAAAUAAGAUAUGAGAACAGUUAUACCCAUUUUAAUUUUGUUUUGUAAUUUUUCAACUGUAGAAAUGUAGAAGAAACCUGACUUGCAACAACACUGAACCUUUCACCUCUCAUGACAAUCUCUGUUUGUGACAGAGUACUUGGCAGUUACCUGAUGCUUGCAGGUGUUUUAACUUCUUUUAGAAACAAAUGAACAUUACCUGUAAAAUCUGAUGUAUUGUGAAGCUUAGCACUAUGAAAUGAAAUACUUCUCUGAGAAGCAGACUUGUAGACUGUGGGCACAUGAUUCUGCCUUGGUGUCUUCUUCAAGUGAAGUGAUUUUUCUGGAUGUUUUUGAAUGAUAAAAGAUUUCAUUCAUUUUUCCUAUAUCUCUGUGAUUUUUAGUUUAAUUUUUUUUUUUUUUCUAUCUCUCUCUCUCUACUUCGUCUUUUUUACAGAUGUGAGGCAGAGCCUAGUUGCAAGAGGGUUUAAGAUUAUCACCCCCAAAGCCUUAUAUUGACAUUCUGAUACUUGCAUAUGAUUUUCCCUUAAUAUGCAGCUAAGAACUAUACAUAUUUGGUAAUCCUCCAGAGCUACAAUGCAAAAUUUCUUGCUACCUUUUGCAUAAAGGAAACAUCAAAGUGCCAUAUGUAGAGAUGGAAUGCCUGCUGUACAUCUUCCAUACCUACUAUGGUAUUUAUUGCCAAACUGCCAAAAGUAUAUAAUACAUAUGAUUUAUUCAGAAUUAUGAUUACUGUAAAUUAUCAGUCUUGAUGGUGAAUGUAUUAUUUUACAUUAUUGCUGUAUAUCCAGUGUGAUGUUCUUACUCUGUGUAAAUAAACAAAAUUUAAUUUUGAAUGUUGGUUUAUGAUCAAAAUCUCACAAAGGGUUACUUAUAUCUUGCAUUCAUUUGUAAUCUUAAAAAUAGGAACAGUUUUAAUUCUCAUUAUAUUCUCUGAUGGUACUUGUUCCUCUGCUGUGUGGAUGUGGUUUAUGCAGGGCAGCUUUAAUGGUACAGUUGAUAAGACUACUCAGUUUGAGUUUUACUCAGAUAGCAGUUGUGUAUUAUCUGUUUGUGCUGUUGAUAUUAUUGAAUUUUAUGUUCAUUUGUUCUGUGAAUAUCAUUAGGAGUAUCAUUCCAAUAAUGUCAUAAACCUGAUAUUAUUAUUAAUACCAUGUUCAUUAGCAUUAUAUUCAUGGUCUCCAUGAGUAUUAUCAUAAUACUGUGUUAGUGUUUUUUAUUAUUAUUGUUAAUUUAUUUUUAUGAUGAUGAUGAUGAUAAUGAUUAAGAUCCUUUUAUUAUCAUUACCCAUAUUAUUAUCCAUUAUAGUUUCUUUUUGUUCUGUUUUUCUUGUCAGUAAUAGAUUUGUUAAGUAUCAUAAUUGUGAUCAGUCAUUAAUGAUCAUUAAUAAAUAUUUUAUUUGUUAGUUUCAUCAUUAUUUAUCGUCAUGGUAUGUGUUUAUUUAUUCCUUUUUAAUGCUAUUAUAAUUAUUAUAAUCCUUAUUGAUCAUUGUUACUGAUGUGUUACAGGAAAGAGAGUAGUCCAGAGUCAACAGUUCAGGAACUUUUACCAAACUGGUAAAAUUGGUUCCCAAUAUUAAUUCCUCAAUUGAGAUUCCCUUGCUACUCUAUGCCCCAGAAGUAUUUUAAUUUGAGGAAUUGAUAUUGCAAAAUGUACACAUUUUAGUUACUCUUUUUAUUUUUUCCUAUGUAACGUAAUUACCCAGAACAUCUAUAAAACAAAGAAUUAUUUGCUCCUCAUUUAUUUUUGUUUAGCUUAGGUUAAUUCUGUUAUGCCUCAGACAUAUAGUUUAGUCCUGCAUAUGCAGUCUUUACAUUUUCCAGAUAGCUUACUUACAGCUUGGUACUGAUUUGUCAACUGUGAUAAGCAGCUUGGAUUAAAGAGUGGUUGGAGCAUU